AUGUCGCGUCGGAAGCCAGCUCGCCCUCAUCGCGGUGUACAGAUUCCGGUCCAGGAGCAGCUUCGACUCCUCGAUGAAGAACAAGCUGAAGCCAAUCGCGUCUUCGAGGAACGCCGCUCUCUCCUCCUUCGUCAACACACCAACUUUUUGCCAAUAGCUACUGGCAUUCGAGAUGUCCCACCCGAGAUUCUGGUGGAGACGUUCUCAUAUCUCGUCGAUGGAGACUCAAGGAACCUGAUAUUUCCUUCGCAUGUUUGUCGGCUGUGGAGGGACAUCAUCCUUCGCGAUGCAACUCUCUGGACCUGCAUACAUCUUGGCGACCGCGACAAACCCGCAGCAGUUGCACUGCGCUUCCUCAAGACAUGCAUACAACGAGCUCGCGAACGGUCGUUGUCACUGUUUAUCAACGACUGCAAGAAAUUCUUGUCCAGUUCUAUGAAUCCGCUGGUUGCUCUAGCGCAUGCCAGUCGAUGGGAAUCGCUCGCUUUAACGGCCGAACAGAUCGAGGACUGCAUCGUUUUCAUUGAUGGCUUGCCACCAAGCAGUAUUCAAACAAUCAAAGGGCUGUCCUUUUUACGCCUUGACGGGCGAAUACACCGUCCUUUCGGCGAAGCUCUGCCCCAGAAGAAUCUGAACCUACAGCGCUUCGCGGCGCUCAAGGCUCUUACCAUUAACUUCUCCAACCGGUUGUUGAAUACAAAGGAAACUUGCUCCUGGAAGCAACUCACGGACCUGAAACUCACCUCUGGAAUGCGUUCAAUACGAUUCAUAGCAAUCCUUCGCUACUGUGUCAGCUUGGAAUCCUGCUCUAUUUCGCUUAAUUCCAACUUCGACAAGGACGACCUAGAGAAAAGUGGGCGACUCGCCACGAAGACGUGCCUUCCAAACCUGAAGAAGCUUGAGCUUGUUGCCGAAACCGUUCCCUCCCUUCUGCCUGCCAGACUCAUUUGCCCUGCUCUUCAAGAAGCCACUUUCUUCUACAAAUUUAACUCUGACUAUGUCGCUUCUAUCAACGAUGACUCUGAUGAUGACUUCGACGACUUGGACGAUGAUUUAGACAUCAAGGCCAAAUUGGAAAACUAA